CUCACAACACAACAGACGGGAGACGGGACGUUGGACGGGGAAUUUCAGUGAAAGAGUUAAGUGCUCGAAAGGACGCCCUAAGGAGGGGUUUGCGGUGCGAGUGGAGGUGUUCAGUCCCGCCUCGAUUUUCUGCCGUGUUGAGGACAUUAAUUUUUCUCGAAUAAUUCAGUGGCAAUGAACGACCACAUGAUGAAUAACGUCGAUCAGUACGGUGACGGUUACAUGGAGCCCGAAGAAGAGUGGGAGCGGGAAGGAUUACUUGACCCGGCUUGGGAAAAACAACAAAAAAAGACAUUCACGGCAUGGUGCAACUCCCACCUUCGCAAGGCUGGCACAUCGAUCGAAAACAUCGAAGACGACUUCCGCAACGGCCUGAAGCUCAUGUUGCUCCUGGAGGUGAUCUCCGGGGAAACUCUGCCCAAGCCUGACCGAGGCAAGAUGCGCUUCCACAAGAUAGCCAACGUCAACAAGGCACUGGACUUCAUCGCAAGCAAGGGUGUCAAGCUGGUAUCCAUCGGUGCGGAAGAAAUUGUUGAUGGCAACCUGAAGAUGACCCUGGGUAUGAUCUGGACCAUCAUCCUGAGGUUCGCCAUCCAAGACAUCUCAGUAGAGGAGAUGACAGCCAAGGAGGGGCUGCUGCUGUGGUGCCAGCGCAAGACUGCUCCUUACAAGAAUGUCAACGUGCAGAACUUCCACCUCAGUUUCAAGGAUGGUCUGGCCUUCUGCGCCCUGAUCCACCGUCACCGACCAGACCUCAUCGACUACAGCAAACUCUCCAAGGACAACCCUCUCCAGAAUCUCAACACCGCUUUCGACGUCGCUGAGAAGUACUUGGACAUCCCUCGCAUGUUGGACCCUGAGGAUCUGAUCAACACCCCCAAGCCAGAUGAAAGAGCCAUCAUGACUUAUGUCUCUUGCUACUACCAUGCCUUCCAGGGCGCCCAGCAGGUAACGACACAUAUGACAAACACAGCAAUGCCAGACGAACGAGCGAUUAUGACUUACGUCUCAUCGUACUACCACUGUUUCAGUGGUGCACAAAAGGCCGAGACGGCUGCCAACCGUAUCUGCAAAGUUCUCAAGGUCAACCAGGAGAAUGAGAGACUUAUGGAGGAGUAUGAACGUCUCGCCAGCGACUUGCUGGAAUGGAUCCGACGCACACUGCCGUGGCUUCAGAGCAGACAAACCGACAACUCUCUAGCCGGCGUACAGAAGAAACUGGAGGAGUACCGAACAUACCGUCGCAAGCACAAGCCACCUCGUGUGGAGCAGAAGGCCAAACUAGAGACAAACUUCAACACACUACAGACCAAGCUGAGGCUGAGCAACCGACCUGCUUACAUGCCUACUGAAGGAAAGAUGGUCUCGGAUAUUGCCAACGCAUGGAAGGGACUUGAAACAUCUGAGAAAUCAUUUGAAGAAUGGCUGUUGUCUGAAAUGAUGAGGUUAGAGCGUCUAGAGCACCUGGCCCAAAAGUUCAAGCACAAGGCAGACAUCCACGAGGACUGGACGCGAGGCAAGGAGGAGAUGCUGCAGAGUGCGGACUUCCGACAGUGCAAGCUGAACGAGCUCAAGGCACUCAAGAAGAAACACGAAGCGUUUGAGAGCGACCUGGCUGCUCACCAGGACCGCGUGGAGCAGAUCGCAGCCAUCGCUCAGGAGCUCAACACUCUGGAGUACCAUGACAGUGUGAGUGUCAACGCCCGAUGUCAGCGCAUCUGUGACCAGUGGGACCGCCUUGGCAACCUCACUCAGGGCCGUAGGAAGGCUCUCGACGAAGCUGAGAAGAUCCUGGAGAAGAUCGAUAUUCUCCAUCUGGAGUUCGCCAAGCGAGCUGCGCCGUUCAACAACUGGCUGGAUGGUACCCGGGAGGAUCUGGUGGACAUGUUCAUUGUUCACACCAUGGAGGAGAUCCAGGGACUGAUGGACGCUCACAGCCAGUUCAAGGCCACCCUGGGAGAGGCAGAUAAGGAGUUCAACUCUAUCGUGUCCCUGGUACGAGAAGUAGAAUCGACAGUACAGAAGUACCAGAUACCUGGAGGUUUGGAGAACCCGUACACAACACUCACUGCUAACGACUUGACCAAGAAGUGGACAGAGGUUAGGCAGCUUGUGCCUCAGAGGGACAACACCCUGCAGUUGGAGCUAAGGAAGCAGCAGAACAACGAGAUGGUACGACGCCAGUUUGCGGAGAAGGCCAACCAAGUUGGACCAUGGAUCGAGCGGCAGAUGGAUGCAGUAACGGCCAUUGGAAUGGGACUGCAGGGCUCACUGGAGGAUCAGCUGCGCAGACUGAAAGAGUACGAACAAGGAGUUUACGCCUACAAACCCCACAUCGAGGAGUUGGAGAAGAUCCACCAGGCUGUACAGGAGGGCAUGAUCUUCGAGAACAGGUACACACAGUACACAAUGGAAACGUUGCGCGUCGGCUGGGAACAACUGCUUACGUCCAUCAACCGCAACAUCAACGAGGUGGAGAACCAGAUUCUGACCAGAGACUCAAAGGGAAUAACACAGGAACAGCUCAACGAGUUCAGAGCGAGUUUCAACCACUUCGACAAGAACCGCACCGGACGUCUCGCACCCGACGAGUUCAAGAGUUGCCUGGUCUCUCUCGGCUACAGCAUCGGCAAGGAUAGACAGGGAGAAAUCGACUUCCAGCGCAUCCUGGCAGUAGUGGACCCCAACAGCACUGGCUACGUUCACUUUGACGCCUUCCUGGACUUCAUGACCCGAGAGUCGACGGACACUGACACAGCGGAGCAGGUCAUCGACUCAUUCCGUAUUCUGGCUGCCGACAAGCCAUACAUCUUGCCUGAUGAGUUGCGCAGGGAGUUGCCGCCAGACCAGGCAGAGUACUGUAUCCAGCGCAUGCCACCCUACAAGGGCCCCAACGCUACCCCCGGCGCCCUGGACUACAUGUCCUUCUCUACUGCUCUCUACGGCGAGUCUGACCUCUAAACACAACCGACGCCACUAACUCAAACUGGUGCCUUUUUUGUAACCGCUGUAGCGUUUAGGUUAGAACUGUAUUUAAUAGUAUUUUUUUAACCUAAGCGUGUACAUGGGCUUAAUACUUACGUUGCGAUCACCAAAGUCUGAAUAUAAUUUGGUAUUGAAGGUGAAGAUAAGCGGUGACAUGAGAUUGUGUACUUAAAACAGAAGCCGAAUUGCUCAACUGUCACUGUAUCUGCUGAUUUUGUAGUUAUUGUAAAGUAAACUCUUAGUAUAUAAAUCGAAAGAAUAAACGUAGAGUUUUAAAUUUGAAAAAAUCAAAUACUGCACUGUAAUUAUACUUGCACAAGAGAAGAAUUUUUACUCUAUGUCAUCGUAUAUUUUAUUAACGUAGGCGUAUAUAUUUAUAUUUUGUCUAUACAACAACAAUUUUAACCAACGUGUUAUAUUUUAGUUUAAUAUGGAGUAUAUUUAAUUUAUUUAAUUUAGGUUACGAUAUGUUUUAUCCUGAUGUUUUAGUCUGUACAAAUUUGAUCAGUAAGCCAUAUUUUAGUCUCACCAAUAGGUGUCAGGCCUCGCCUUUGAUACCAAACCGAAAAUGUCCUAUGCGGCAGCAAAAUCGAGCUGAACGAUUAAAAAUUCUUUGAUUUUAUUGUAAACAAGUUCCUUUUAUUUUUUAGUCACAUUUCAAUGUGCGUUAAUUAUUCCUUGUACAGCCGAACAAAUAUCCUUAAGGGGCGUCCUUGUAAGAUAAAUGUCUUGUUAAUUUGCACUGCCAUUUGAGGGAAUCAACUAAACAAGAAAGGCAACAUCAAACCAAAUUGUUUAUUUAUUUAUUUAAUGUUAAUCGUUUUUGAUGAUUUGGUUUUGAUUUGAUGUGUAUGUUAAUUCAUUGUAAAGUUAGGUUAUUUGGAAUGAGUAUAUUGAUGUUAAUAAAGAUCUACCAUAUUUACACAAACAUUUGAGUGCAUAUUUAUAGUUUCCAGUGCAUUGCCUGAUCUAGUCAUGUAGUUUUGGGAUCUGUACAAACAAACAAGAGAAAUUAAAUGGAACUUGGUACAGUAA